UAACGUUUACAGAGUAUUUAGGUUUGAGUGUCUGUGUUGCGGAUACGACUCGUGAUUCAUUCAAGGAGAAGAGUUUAAAAGAUCUUAGUGCGUAAAGGAACGUUUGUAAUAAGAUAUAUUUCUCAUCUUUCUUACGUAAACGUGAUGUUUACGUUAAAAUAUAUGGCCUUUAUAUCGUUCGAUAUCAAUUUUUGGAGAAUACCAAAGAUAGUUUUGCGAGAGGAAAAAAUCGGCUGUCAAUAAAAUAAUUAUUAAAAUCGACGACACGUGCGAGCGAAUGAAGACUCGCAUGAAACGACAAUCAUCAUGCCAAUCGUUGUUGGAGCGUAUGAGAGAUCAAAAUAUACUUUGAAAAAGUAAAAUGAACGAAAGAAUUGAUUAUUUCAAGGGUUUCGAAGAAUUUAUUGUGAACAUCAAGAUCAUCAAAGUUGCAGGAUUAUCAGAUAAUCGAUAAUCGAUUGUACGAUCUCGAUUUGGAGUCGAAAGCCAGUAUCGCAUUGUCGAUUAGUGGAAGACAUUGGAAUCGCCAUUGUUGAAUUCUAAAAGAUCGUUUAAGUGGCCAAAUUUGUGUUCUUAUUACGUUUUCUACUCGUUACAGUCGUAAUUAUCGUUACUGAUCGGUGACCAGUGAAUUUAAUCGCGAUUAUUUCGUAUAUAACUCGAUUCACGUGAAAAAUAACACGAUGGAGUGGUUAAUCGGGUCGAGAUCAUAAAAGUUGAGAGCAAACACAAAGCAAGCAGUUCAAACCAGUGUUCUUUUUUUUUUCUCCACGUGUGCGUGUCUGAGUUUGUGUAUUUUGUUUCGUUUUUAUUUCAUCUUAGUCGUUAUUCGUGUGCUUGAACUUCGAAACGAAUCGAUGGAUCAACGCUAAAGGUUUCUUUAAAGAAUUCGCAAAGAAACGGCCAGAAAUGAAGACUACACAACGCACGUUAAGUUUUGACGAGACGUCGAUGGAUAGCUGUCCCCUGGCGGCAAUCGGCGACGAGACGAGGGGGAACGAUUUGUCAAAGGAUGGGAACGAAGUGGAGGUGACAUCGUUAGAGGAGGCGAAAUCCGUGAUAGCUGCGCUCCGAGCGAGGCAAAGGGCACAGGCGCAUCAAAUGCUCGCCUGGCGGAGGACGUUAAAGUUGCAGGAGGAUCUCGUGGCUCGAUUGACAAGGGAGAAGGCAGAACAGCUACGGACAUUGUCCUCGCAGUUGCUGCUGUUCGAGUCGAGGCUUUGUCGGAAGCAGAAGGAGAUCGAGGCUAAUCUGGCGCAAAGGGAGUCCAUUAUUCUCAGACAACAGAGGGUGAUUCGUCAACUGCAGAGCAGAUUGGCGGAAAGAAGCACCGGUACAAGGGAUUCGCCACCUUGCGACGCCCUCGAUAGAUUGGAUAGCCUUGGAGAUAGCGACAGUGCUGUCGUUCUCGAGGAGGCGGCGGACGACCUGGCACCGCCGAGGUUCCGCUCAAACAUAACCGACGUCACGGUGAUUCGAUCGGUGUCGGACGCUGUCGAGCCGUCGAGCAAAUACUCGUCCAUGAGACGAUGCAACGGGUUCCUGAGGAGACCGGAAAUUUUAGAGACCGUUUACUCGGUUGAAGAAGAUGGGGACAGCGAGAACAAUCAGGACCCGUCCGAGUCAACCGAGAAUUCCGAGUGCGAGGAGAGACGGGCAAAAAAUUUGGGGAACGGGAAGGGCAGACUUCAGGAUUUGUACGGCAGUUUUGAGAGACUUGCUCAAGAGGCGGAUUCUCCGCCGAGCGAAAGGCCGAGGGACGAAAGUCAGCAGGCGCAGGUCACGUACAACAGGGUAAUGAGCAAUCACAGAUCAGUCACAAAGCCAAAAGACGUAAAGUACAAGAGGAUAAACAAGGCGAAAUCGAAAAGCUUGGAAGAGUUAAGGGGACGGUUGAGAAAUUGGGUGGAAAAAGGGAACAAAAUCGCUAUAUCGCUGGAUCAAUCUUACGCCUGAAUCUUUUAACUCCCUCUGAAAGUAUAUAUAUUUUAAAAAAUUUUUUAAAAACGGCGAUCCAAUUGGUCGAUUACGUUCUUCACUGUCAUUCGUGCGCAAACAACCAAUCAAUCGCCGUUCUAUAUUUACAUUGAAAUUCUCAUCGCUCCAUGUGAUAUUUACCGUAGUGUUUCGAAAAUUAAAUUAGAAAUCUUAACGCUGUUGCGCGUCGACAAUUUUAACACUUGUGAUAUAUAUAUAUAUAUAAAUGAUAAUGAAACACAAAGUUAUCUAGUUGAUAAUUAUCAUCGCGAUAAUGAAAUGAUAAGAAGAUUCGCAGAAUGGAGAAGGAAAUGAGACAAGAUAAUCGAGAAUAUUUGCUACUACGUAUGUAAAUUUGAGAAAAAUCUUGCCGAGAUUGCUCUCUUUUUCUUUCUCUUUCUCUCUAUCUAUCUAUCUUUUUCUCUCUCUCUUCUUCGUGUCUUCCCUUUCGCAUAAAUCUUAAAUUAUAUUUCCACGAACUCGCGUUGCCAAAUUGUAUGGCGUACAAUCUCCAAUCUUUAUACGGUUGAAUCUCGAUAAUUCGAAUUUCAAUAUGGAGGUUAAAACUUUCAAUCGUAAAGAUUUCAUUUUAACCAAAUUUUCGAGUAAAAAACAUUCGACAAAUAAAGAUUGGACAAAAAAAAAAUAAUAUCGAAUGAAUUGUAGAGAGUAAUAAUAAAAGUUUCACUUUUACAAACAAAUUUCUACUUACAGGGGCUGCACUUUUCCGAGUUCAAGUUACAGAGUAAAAUACUUAACCUUCAAUUCAUAUGAAAUUUAUAUUUCUACUUACAAAAGACUUUCACAGAGGAGAGAAUGAAAUUAUAGUCUUAUGGAUAUUUUCGAGCCGUAGAGAUUCGAAUUAUUAAGGUUCGAUUGUACGAUAAAAUACGAGAUUUUUUCCACAACGUUGUAAUUUACGAAUUAUUCUUCCGACAAGAAACGUCGAUAAAUGUGCACCUGUAUAACCGAGUGAACUUUCUCAUUGUACUAUUUUUUCUUCCCGAUAAGAGGUCGCGACACGUAUUCGCCAAUCCACGUCGAUGACACAGAUUUCUAUCUUUAAAUAGAUUCCUUUCGUCAAUUACGACCAUUGUGCUAUCGAUUAUCGAUUGAUAUAACGUUUAAUCGAAAUCGAGAAAAUGUCGGACGUUCUUUCAAAGAUGGAGGACUGUAAGUGUGCGUGUAUAUUAUCGAAUUGGCCUCAGCUCAAUUUUUUACGCGUUCUAUAAAAUUAAUUAAGUAUCAUUCUUCGUACUAUUGCUCUUUUAUAAUAUAAUAUUGCUUGUCUUGUCACUAUUCUCUAUUUGUAUACAUACACACAUUGCUUAUACGCAGAAACGAUAAACAGAAAACGUGUUUUCGAUGCAUCAAAUGCAAAACGAUAUUCUCGAACAUCUUACGACAGACGAUAUUUGUUACAAUGUUCAACGAACAUUCUAUCACUUUAUUCAGUAUCGAUGAAUGUGCCACUCUACUUUUUCUAUUAAGAUUGUGUUUCGCGAAUUCGCUCGCUGAUUCUAUCACCAGGUUAAUUAGAAUAAUCGAUAUUUUAUAUCAUAGCGAAGACAGAGAUGUUGUAAUUCGAGUUAAAAAAUUGUUGGUGUAAAGUGUUGAAGUGUUGUGUGUAAAAGAAUGUUGAAGUGUUGUGUUGUAAAAGAAUCAUGGUACUCAAAGUAUAUCGAUCAGUAUUUUUAACUCGAUGACUAUAUUAUUCUAUUACUGCAAUUGUUUUGAUUAGCCUGGUGCAUGGAUUUCUUUAGAUAAUCUUAAAGAUUAUCUAAUCUAAUCGACAGAAGAUAAUCAAUAUCCAUAUAAAUAUGUAUACGUGAUGCAUUUGCGAAGGACUAAUGCAGCAUGGGUUAUUUUUCGAGAUUUACGAAUAAUCUUUUCAGCUAUUAGAAAUAUAUUCGUAAAACGAGUUAUUCCGUAGCAUAAUAUUUUUCGAUCGUUCUUUAUACUGUGAACCAGCGACAAACUCGACACUUUAUUUAUUUAUCGAUCAUGUAUGCGGCGGUCGUCUAACCUUUCUAUAUCUUAUUCUAUCGAAGUAAGAGAAACUAUUCUUGCGGGUACCUGUGUAAUGUUAAAAAAAAAAAAAAAAAAA